AUGGGCCGGUGGUACACAAAUAUAAUUAAGAGAAGGACGUAUGUGACUAGAAAUGAAGCACUUAUUUGCUUAAAUUUAAAAGAAGAAGAAUUUGACAGGUUCUGUGUACUAACUGACACACACCCUUUGGUUGCAUCAAAGGACGAGCUUACUAAUAAAAGCACAAAAAUCCAGUAUGCAAUAGCAGACAUUCACAGAAUAAGAGAGUCAGAGCCAUACCAGAAGGGAAAUCUAAAAAAAGAAAAUGCGAAAAGAAGAAAUAAUUACAGAAGCACAGGAAGAGAGCAUAAAUUGAAUUAUUUAAUGGAUGAAAGAAUAGAUUACAACAGAAUAUUACUGAGUAAGUAUCCAUCCUUUGAAGAGAUUUACGAAGACUUGGGUGAGGCACUGACCAAUCUUAUAGUUACAGAAAGAAUAAUAAGAGAUAAAUCAAUUGACAAAUUAUGUAUAAGGUUUGAAUCAAAUGUCAUAACAAAGAUAUACAGAGAAUUGUCUAUGUUUUACAUGUACAUGAUGAUAGUUAAGACAAAUCCUAAGGUGUUUAUAGGCAAGGAGGGUGUUUACUACAGUAUAGAAAUUGGUGGGAGUGAAGUAUUUUGGAGAGAGACCUAUCCGCUUAGUGAUAUGGAAGACUCGCUUGGUAUAAAUUAUAAUGUGAUUGUGCAGACAGCAGAGUUUAAUGCAUAUUUACUAGAGAAGGUUAACUUUAAGUUAUUUAAGUCAUUGAAUGAAGAGUAUUUCAUCGAAUAUAUUAGAAAUAUACGAAGGAUGUAUACAGACAUAAUGGAAUAUGUACCGAUUGACGAGAAAAUUAAAAACGAAAAUUUAUUAGAGAAUAAUGAAUAUAUGAUAAAUGACUUUACAAAGAAAAAAGAGAAAGAGAUUACAGAUGGAAGGUCAUUAAAGGACGAAGAGUGUACAAGAGAGGAGUUUGUACAAGAAAGAGAUUCUGGGUCAUUUGGUGCAAUUAAUUUAUAUGAGAUGUUUAGCUCUAUUUCAAAGGAAAUGUUGAGUAGGGUACCACCAAAGCACCGGUGCAUAUUUAACAAGGAGAAGGUAUACUUAUGUAAGAGUACAAAUAGUCUAGAGCACUCACUUACUAUGCUUAUUAUAUCAGGAGGGGGAGAGAUUCUUAUUUCACCAGAAGGAUGUACUUUGUAUCUGUGUAGUGAAAUACCAGAGAACUUUAGAGCUGAGUAUAAUUAUGCACAUCCACAGAUUAUUUAUGACAGCUGUAAUUUAGAGGAACUACAAUCCCAUUCCUUCUACCGACCAGGACAGAAUUUACCACAGCAUAUUAGCCCAUACAAAUCAAUGUUGAAGGAAACUGAUUUAGACACGUUUAAUAUUUCACAUAAGAAGAAGAGUGCGAUAGAAUCUAUUAUUAAUCAUAGGAAGUAAGAAUUUAUUAGUGAAAAUAGACAUUAUAAUUUGCCAGAAAUGGAAAUAUCCAUUAAAAUAAAG